AUGACUACUCGCAAUGGAGCAAUUACGAGCGCCCGCGAGGCAUCUCAGGUCAAUCCAACGAAUGGGACCAGCCCGACUGCAACCGAGGUCUCCCCACCAUCAGCUUCAACUUCCAAGAAACGCAGUAAAUAUCGCCAUGUAGCUGCAUACCACUCAGAAACCCGGCAUUCCAGCCUCAGUCGAGAAGCUGAUGUACUUCCCAACUUCUUGGGGUUCCGAAACCUCAUGGUGUUGGUACUUGUGGCGAUGAACUUGCGAUUGAUUAUUGAGAACUUCAUGAAAUACGGCGUGCUAAUUUGUAUUAAAUGCCACGACUAUCGCAGGCAAGACGUUGUUUUGGGGUCCAUAUUGUUUGCCUCGGUUCCAUGUCAUUUGCUUGUGGCAUACAUCAUCGAGCUAUCAGCCGCUACUGCAGCCAAGCAGACAGUGGGUCGUCAGAAGAAGACGGAAAAAGAGAAAGAGCAAGACCAGAAGGUCUUCCAGUCCACAUGGCCGUACACUGCUUUCCUCCACACGCUCAAUGCUACCCUAUGCCUCACAGUAACCAGCUUCGUCGUAUAUUUCUACAUCCACCACCCAGGAAUUGGGACAAUAUGCCAGCUACACGCGAUCAUCGUGUGGUUGAAGAACUGCUCUUAUGCUUUCACAAACCGAGACCUCCGCCUCGCUAUGCUUAAUCCCUCCGCAGACCCGGGCUUGCCCGAAAUCUACUCUUCCUGCCCUUACCCGAGGAAUAUUACUAUCAAUAACCUGGCCUACUUCUGGCUGGCGCCGACACUGGUGUAUCAGCCGGUUUAUCCGCGCACAGCAUCCAUCCGGUGGUCGUUUGUCGCAAAGCGCCUUGCAGAGUUCGUGGGCCUGGCAAUGUUUAUUUGGCUUCUGUCUGCGCAGUAUGCCGCACCGGUGUUGCGAAAUUCGAUCGAUAAGAUCGCAGUAAUGGACAUUGCGUCCAUUUUGGAGCGGGUCAUGAAGCUGUCCACUAUCUCGCUGGUUAUUUGGCUUGCUGGCUUCUUUGCGUUGUUCCAAGCGCUUUUGAACGCUUUGGCCGAGGUCAUGCGGUUUGGAGACCGCGAGUUCUAUACCGACUGGUGGAACAGCUCCAGUCUGGGUAUGUAUUGGCGAUCCUGGAACCGGCCUGUCUAUCUGUUCAUGAAGAGACAUGUCUAUUCGCCGCUGGUGGGUCGUGGAUGGAGUCCUCUGGCUGCGAGUGGAAUGGUUUUCACGCUCUCCGCAAUUCUGCACGAAAUGCUCGUGGGCAUCCCCACGCAUAACUUUAUUGGUGUCGCGUUCUUUGGAAUGAUGUUCCAGCUGCCGUUAAUAUCCCUCACUGCACCAUUGGAUAAUAUGCGCGGGCCUGAAGGCAGGGUCAUUGGAAACUGCAUAUUCUGGGUCAGCUUUUGUCUCGUCGGACAACCGCUUGGGGCACUCCUGUACUUCUUCGCUUGGCAGGCCAAGUACGGGAGUGAGCCCCAGCACCACCUUGGCAGACCAAAUCACAACACAACGCCACUAUCUCACAUCAUUUCCCCGGAUUCUCUUCUCAUAAUGGUCGCAUUCAUUGUUCCUGGCAACUACGGUGCCGUCAUUGCCGUCGCACUCGGCGCCAUCCCCGUUUUGGGCUUCGUUCACGGCUGUAUUACUGGCAACCUGCGCAAGGAGGCCAAGGUGCCCUACCCCCACAGCUAUGCCUCCAUGGAGCUGUGCAAGGAAAACGCCAAAGCCGAGAAAUUCAACUGCGCCCAGCGCGCACACACCAACUUCCUCGAGAAUGCCUCGCAGACAAUGCUCUUCACCUUGGUCGCCGGUCUGAAGUACCCGGAGUUGGCUGCUGGUCUGGGCGCUCUGUGGGUUUUCUUCCGCGUUCUGUUCCUUUACGGCUAUGUGUACUCGGGCAAGCCGCAGGGUAAGGGCCGCAUGAUGGGCGGGUUCUUCUGGCUUGUGCAGGGUGCUCUCUGGGGAUUGAGUGUCUACGGUGUUGGACGGCCACUGCUUUCUUUCUAA